UUUGAAAAUGAGAUCAUCACCAAACUGGAUCAUGAAGUGGAAGGCGGCCGAGGAGACGAACAGUACAAAGUGUUAUUUGAUAAAAUCCUCUUGGAGCACUGCAGGAAGCAUAAAUACCUCGCCAAAACAGGAGAAACUUUUGUAAAACUUGUUGUGCGCCUGAUGGAGAGACUUCUGGAUUACAGAACCAUCAUGCAUGAUGAGAACAAAGAAAAUCGCAUGAGCUGCACCGUCAACGUGCUGAAUUUCUACAAAGAAAUUGAAAGAGAAGAAAUGUAUAUAAG